UCAUGUGCUUAUAUUUCCAGAUGUAUGAUAAGACCCCAUUGAAGGUGAAAAACUUUGGUGUGUGGCUACGCUAUGAUUCUCGAAGUGGUACUCAUAAUAUGUACAGGGAGUAUAGAGAUAUGACUGUAGCCAGUGCCAUUACCCAGUGUUAUAGAGAUAUGGGGGCACGUCACAGGGCUCGUGCUCAUUCAAUACAGAUAUUGAAAGUAGAGAAAAUAGCAGCAAGCAAGUGUAGAAGACCUCAUGUCAAGCAGUUCCAUAAUUCAAAGAUCAGGUUCCCUCUUCCUCAUCGUACCACAGUCCAGCUGCACAAACCCCGUUUCACUACUCGCAGACCCAACACAUGUUUCUAGUGCAUUUGUACAAUAGUGAUACUGGUAUUGUUGUGUAAAAUGAAAUAAAGAUACUAAACGGAAUAAA